UCGAAGAAGCUGGUCGAGUGUUCAGAGUUGGGAGGCCCCUCCACUCGAAAAACUAUUUCUCAUUGGUCUUCACGGAUCAUUCUAACCCACGCGACCGACUCGUAAGCACGUUGGUUUGGCGCUUUGGUAAUCUGCAACACGUUUCACCAAAGGAAUAUUGAUCAGCAAACAUGUCCUGUGAUAAGCAGGAAGAUGAUUGCAACGAAGCACUGUCUCGACUAACUGUGCAAACCAUCAAACCGAGGCGACCUCGUAGUAAGGGUGAAACUCGUGGACAAAAGUCAUCUGGAUUAACACAUGAGUGUGGUGUUUUUGGAUGCAUUGCUGCUGGUGACUGGCCGUCGCAGGUCGAUGUUGCACAAGUCAUUUGUUUAGGGCUCGUAGCUCUGCAGCAUCGAGGUCAAGAGAGUGCAGGAAUUGUGACAAGUAAAGGUGUUUGCGCAAAAUCAUUCCACGUUCACAAGGGAAUGGGAAUGAUUAGCAAUAUUUUCAAUGACGAAAAUAUUAGAAGAUUGAGGGGAAAUUUAGGAAUAGGCCAUACGAGGUACAGUACAAGCGCUGCAAGCGAAGAAGUUAAUUGUCAGCCAUUUGUCGUUCACACAGCUCACGGAGCACUUGCUGUGGCACACAACGGGGAGUUGGUUAACACGGAAUCUCUCAGGAAGAUGGUACUCAGUCGAGGAGUUGGAUUAUCAACGCAUUCUGAUUCAGAACUCAUCACACAAGCUUUAUGUCUCAAUCCUCCAGAAGGUGAAAUUAGCGGACCCGAUUGGCCAGCACGAAUCAAACAUCUGAUGCAACUGGCUCCAUUGUCCUAUUCUCUGGUCAUUAUGCAUCGAGACAGAAUUUAUGGAGUCCGAGAUCCAUAUGGAAACCGACCUCUCUGUCUAGGAAAAAUUGUUCCCAUCGGUAACCUUGCCAACGAAUCAGAUGAUGACGAUGAGGCUGAUGGUUGGGUGAUCUCCUCCGAGUCGUGUGGCUUUUUAAGUAUCGGUGCUAGAUACGUUCGAGAAGUUUUCCCAGGUGAAAUCGUCGAACUCACCCGGGAAGGAAUUAAAACCAUUGAUAUUGUUGAAAGACCAGACAAAAAGCCACAAGCAUUUUGUAUAUUUGAAUAUGUGUACUUUGCACGUAGUGACAGUAUUUUUGAAGGUCAGAUGGUGUACUCUGUCAGAAUGGAGUGUGGAAAAGUAUUAGCCAUCGAAUCUCCUGUAGAGGGUGAUAUUGUAAGUUCAGUUCCUGAGUCUGGAACAGCAGCAGCUCAUGGAUAUGCUAGACAGUCAAUGAUACCAUUUGCUGAGGUACUGUGCAAAAAUAGAUAUGUCGGUAGAACCUUUAUUCAGCCGAGCACAAGAUUGAGACAGCUAGGAGUUGCUAAAAAGUUUGGUGCAUUGUCAGAGAAUGUUAAAGGAAAACGUCUUAUAUUAAUCGAUGACUCAAUUGUCAGAGGUAACACGAUUGGUCCUAUCAUCAAACUCUUGCGUGAUGCUGGUGUUAAAGAGGUGCAUAUAAGAAUUGCUUCACCGCCGCUCAAAUACCCCUGUUAUAUGGGAAUAAAUAUUCCAACACGUGAAGAGUUAGUUGCGAAUAAAUUGGACAACUUGAAGCUAGCUAAAGCUGUCGGUGCUGACAGCUUAACUUAUCUAUCAGUCAAGGGGCUAGUUCAAGCAGUGAGACACGGCAUGGACAAUAGAGAUUGCAAUUAUAUUGGACAUUGCACAGCAUGCCUAACCGGAGAAUAUCCCGAUGAGUUGGCGGGUGACUUGGAUUGGUAAACUACAAAAUUUAGUUACAUAUUUGUUCUUAUGUUUUUCGAGUAACUGAUAAUUCUACCAUCGUUAACCCUAGAUGUACCUUUUUUCUGUACAAUCAUGCUGUGUCUUAAAAACUUUGUUAAACUGCUGAUUGAUGCUUGUUUUGUGCAAAAAUAGACCCAAUGGCACGAUCAAAUAUAAUAUCACAUGUAACCCCGAGGCACACAUAUCAUACAAAGUGUAGACCAGGUGAACUCAAUGAAGUACAUUUUUAGCGAAUUAGUGUAUGUAAGGCAGUGCAUCAUUCGAUCCAAAUGAAUGUACUGUUAUCUUUUCGAACCUUAUGCUAUGAACCUAGCAAACAGGCGAUUUUGAUGUAACAUACAUUUGUUUAUUAAUUUAAUAAUAUUAUCAUUAUUCCUAGAUAUACUUUUAUACAAUUUGUGUUUUUACAUGAUGUAAUUUGUACUUUAUAUCUCGCAUACUACAGAAAACAAAAAAAUAUAUGGGUUCACCAUUGUUAAUAUUA